AUGGAGUUAAAGAAGGCCACAAGAGGUGAAGGAUGGGGGAAAGAUACUGCCGCAAGCUUGGCUGAGGAAAGAACUUCUGCACAUCGUCUUCGUAAUCUCUGGGAUCAAUUACAUACAUCCACUGAGAAGAGGCAGAUCGUCAGUGUACCCCACCGCCUAAAUCCUUCAGGCGGCAAGGAUGUUGUAUCAAGCAAGGCUGGUGCAUCUCGUGGUAUUCAGGGAUAUUUUGCAUCUCAGUACCAGACUCCAUGGAAAGCUGGCUUUGUUGGUUCCGCCAUAAAAUCUCAUAAGAUGUCCGUUAACUGGUUCAUUAAAGUAAAGGAAAGAAAAGUGAGGUACUCGGACAUUGGAAAAAUAAGGUUGCGAACCCGCACCUGUGGAGACUCGUCACCCGCCCGAAACUCAAUAAAUAACGUGGGAAGUUUGUCAAGAUGA